AUAUCAUGUCUCUACUUCGUAGAUGGCGCGAUUUCUAGCUACUGAGUCGUCGCUGAAAUUAUCAAGAGUCCACCAAAGCGAACAAGUGUUGUUCAGCGUACUAUCUGCUACUACUGCGUUCAAAAUCGUUGGUCGUGCGCGUAAAGCCGCAACAGGCACGGAUCAGUUCGGACGUGUUUUGUCCGGAAGGAAAAUUUUUUUUUAAUAACUAUUGCGACUUUUACUGUCUGCAUUGUGUUUUUAUUACAUCGCAUUUUUAUUACGACGACAUUACGGCUAUUGACGUCAAGUGGUUUUUACGCCUUACGGCUAUUUUACGACAAGUGGUUCGCCCUGGCUAUAUAUAGAGAAGUAUUGCUGACAGGCUGUAUUUUGAUAUAAAAGAAGAAGAAGAAGUUGGUCGUGCGCGUGUCUGCAGAGCUAGGCGCACAUAAUAUUAUCGCUGAAGCGUUCACUAUCGUCGUGAUGGCGAGCAGUUGCAGCCAUAGCGUCAUGGAUCACGCUUGGAAAAAGCUGUCCAACGACGACAAGUUAUAUGCAGCGUCACAGUUGAACGAGACCGACAAGAAUAGAGAGAACUCCAUCGCGGAGAUCAGACGCUGGAUCCAGGAGAACGAUGACUUCCGCGGACAAUUCGAUGACUUCCUUAUCCUGCGAUUUUUGAGGGUUUGCAAAUUUAAUCUUGAAAAAACCAAGAUCAGGAUUCAAAGCUAUUACAAACAACGAUCCGACGUACCAGAAUGGUACAUGAAUAAGGAUCCAUAUCUUCCAGAACUGCAAGAGCUGCUUGAUAUGGGUUUUUGUUUGCCUCUGCGGAAUCCGGAUGAUCAAGGAAGAUUAGUUAUUCUUGUGCGCAUCAUAUAUGACCCGACAAGACAUGAAAUAUCAAACCUGGCUAAGAUCUUUUUGAUGGUGUUGGAAACGGCGAUAAAACAUUAUCCCGCGGCAUCCAUAUAUGGCUACACAUUGUUCAUGGAUUUUGCCAAUACAACUAUACGUCACAUUGCUCAAUACCGACCCUACAUUUUAAAGAAUUCGGUUCGUUUAUGGCAGAAUUAUCCCAUGAGCGUCAAAUUAAUUAACAUAUUUAACGCCCCGUUAAUCUUCGAAGUGACUGCAAUGAUUUUGAAAUCUUUCAUGACUGAGAAGUUGAAGAACAGAUUCAAUGUCCACUCAGACAGUACGGUGCAUAACUGUUUGAAGGAUAUUCCAGCCAACAUCUUGCCCGUCGAAUGUGGCGGCACUGAUGGUACAAUCCAAGAAUUAACAGAAUACUGGAAGAAACUGAUCGAGGAGAAUCGCGACUCGCUUUUGAAUGAGGACGACAAAAUCGUUUCAAAACACUACAUGCAGAAUCGUUUGAAGGAUAAUCCAGCUAACAUCGAAUAUGACGGUACUGAUGGUACCAUUCAAGUAUUAACAGAACGUUGGAAGAAGCUGGUCGACGACGAUCACGUCUGCCUUGCGAAUGAGGAGAAUGAGGAAAUCAUUACAAAACUCUAAAAUCAACAAAAAGUACUUGCUUUUUUUAACACAUGUAUAGAUAUAUUUAUGAUCGUUAUAUAGCUCGUAAGUUUUGUCUGUUUUGUGUUUUGAGAUAUAAAUAAUUAUCUUCCUUUUUUUCUUUCUGCGCAAAUAGAUUUAUCGGUAAUAUGAAAUUUUUAAGAGUUUUGUAGGUGGUCUUUUUUUAAAGGCGAUUACGCGGGGAUCUUUAAAAGCUUAGCAACGCUAGAGAACGUUUGCUUUUAGCGAGCUUGAUUUUCUUUUACCAAAUGUAUGCCGGGCUUCGUUGUGUUCUUUACGAGGGUGUUGUAGAAAAAAUAAAUUUUUUCUUUUUUUUUUUCAUUGUGCAGAGCAUA